UUACAUUCGAAUCAAAAGAAUAAAGGACAAAAAGUACAACAAAAACCUCAAAGACGACAGGAACAUCAUAUAUAUAGCUGCCGUAAAUGGAGGUCGCGACGGGUUUUCGGUUCUUUCCCACAGAAGAAGAGUUAGUUUCAUUCUACCUACGCAACCAGUUAGAAGGAAAGAGACAAGAUGUGCACCUUGUUAUACCAGUCCUCAACAUUUACGAUGUAGAGCCAUGGGAACUUCCACAGCUUGCUGGGGAGCUUUGUAAAAGAGACACCGAGCAAUGGUUUUACUUUACACCAAGACAAGAGAGGGAAACUCGUGGAGGGAGACCUACCCGAACUACGGCUUCCGGAUACUGGAAAGCAACAGGGUCUCCCAGCUAUGUCUACUCAUCAGAUGACCGAGUGAUUGGAAUGAAGAAAACCAUGGUCUUUUAUAAGGGAAAAGCUCCUUCAGGGAGGAAAACCAAAUGGAAGAUGAAUGAAUAUAGAGCCAUAGAAGCAGUAGCCAACCCAUCUGCUGUUGCUACUACUCCUAAGCUGAGACAUGAAUUCAGCUUGUGUCGAGUCUACGUGGUAUCAGGCAGCUUCCGAGCAUUUGAUAGACGCCCACUAGAACCUGUAUCACGAGGGAUACAACUUCAUGACAACAGGGCUGCAACAUCUUUUGAGGGAGCCACAAUGAUGGAGAUAACAAGCUCCUCAGGUACUUCACAUUCUGGAGGAGAUCACUCUGAUCCCCCAGUGGCCGAUGAAGAUGAUAUUUGGAUGAUGGUUAAUGAUCUGGAAGAAGCUCACCUAGAAUGGGAAUAAAUGAACUAGACUGAAUUAAACAAUAAUGGUAGGAAACCAGCCCUUUAUGAGGCAUGAUAGAAUUGUACCACAAAGCAUAAGCAAAACCAAACUUUAGUAUCAGAUUUUCUUCCCACUUGUAGGUUAAGGGAAGAUAAUAGCAAAUGAGCAAGAUCUAAAGAGAUCAUUUAAUGUAAAAUAGCAUUAAUUCUUUUGAGAAAUUGAAGCUUGUGAAAAACCCUACUGUUUUUGUAGAGAUAUGUGUCACUGCUAUUUGGUUCUAUUCAGUUUGAAAACGU